UUUAAUGGCAAAAAUAGAUGAACAAUUAAAAGAAAUUGGAGUUGAGACAGACUAUAAAAGUACAUUAAAAUUUAUAUUUUUAGUGUUGAUAGUGAAAUUUGUGGUAUUUAAUACUUAUUUAAUCGGAAGCUGGGUUUUAUUUAAAAUGGCAAAUCUUUAUCCAAAUUAUACGUGUUGGGUAUCAUUCUUUCAACCACAUCUAAUUAUAUCCAUCAUUGUUGUGUUAUUUUUAUGCUUUGUGAAGCAAAUGAAGCAUCGAUUUCUCCUACUCAAUAAGGUCUUAAAGAGUCUAUAUCAACAAAAAACACUUGAUGCGGAAAAACGUUGCAAAAUUGUUCGUCCUUGUGGUAUUUGCAGCUUCUAUAAUCUCUCUCAAAAAGACACAACUGAGAUUAUAUCGCAAAUUGCUAAAAUACACGAUGAACUAUGCGAUGCAUGCAAUCUUGCAGAAGAAUAUUUUACAGCACAAAUGUUGACAACUGUCGCUGUUUGUUUUCUCAUAAUUGUCUUCAAUACCUAUUAUAUCCUCGGCGCAAUAUUCGGAGAAGCAAAUCAUGGCGAGUAUUUUAAUACAUUUGAGUUUAUAUUGUUUUUUUCGUACCAAAUUGCCGUACACUUUGCAUCCGUUUUUGCAAUUGUUUUCGUAAGUUCUGCUGCGGCGCGUGAAAGUGAAAAGACAGCAAUUUGUGUACACAAACUUUUGAAUGUAACCACCAAUGAGGAUUUAAAAAUCAAACUGACACAAUUGUCAAUGCAAUUGAUGCAUAGGAAGAUUGUCAAGAGCCUUAGCACAUAUCUCAUAAUAUUAGUUCAGUUCACAUUCAAUGAACGUGCAAAAGUUCAAAUGCUUAAAAGAAUUUUAGAGGAUAUGCUACGUAAAAAUAAUCUUACAAUUUCAAUUAGUGAUUAAAUUCUUUGUGAAUCUUUAUAAGCUUAUGUGUGAAAUAUUAAGCUCC